AAAUGUUACUUAUAAACAAGGCUAGAAAGGGUGAAUAUUGGAAUGGUGUUGGGGGUGGGGAGAGAAACCCUUUAGUUACAAUAUUUUAGGGAAUUGAAUCGGCGAUAAGACAAAUUUCAAGUCAAGUUGCUCCACUGUACUACAUAAGCAGUUUAGAAUCUUAAGCAGAUGCAAAAGGAAUAAAGCAAAUGUGGAGAAAAAAAGGCCGAUAAAGUUUCUGGCUUCAAUACAAGAGACAUAUCAUUACCAUAUGAUCUAAUGUGGGUGUCAGCCGGAUUGUGUUCAUUGAGGGAAACCUUAUUUUUUAACUGUGCUAUGGAGUAGAAGCAGGAGGUUUUCAACCUAGUGACAGUCACAGAGCAGCACCUACCCCCUCCUCCUUUCCACACCUGCAAACUCUGUUGCUUGGGCUGAAUAUUUAGUGUAAUUACAUCUCAGCUUUGAGGGCUCCUGUGGCAAAUCCCCGGAUUAAAAGGUACUCUGGUUGUGAAAAUACAUGAGAUAAAUCAUGAAGGCCACUAUCAUCUUCCUCCUGCUUGCACAAGUUUCCUGGGCCGGACCGUUUCAACAGAGAGGCUUAUUUGACUUUAUGCUAGAAGAUGAGGCUUCUGGGAUAAGCCCAGAUGAGCACGCUCCUGAAAUUCCUGAAUUAGAUCCCCUGGGACCGAUGUGUCCCUUCCGCUGCCAAUGCCAUCUUAGAGUCGUCCAGUGUUCUGAUUUGGGUCUGGACAAAGUGCCAAAGGAUCUUCCCCCUGAUACAACACUGCUUGACCUGCAAAACAACAAAAUAACUGAAAUCAGAGAUGGUGACUUUAAGAACCUGAAGAACCUUCAUGCAUUGAUUCUUGUCAACAACAAAAUUAGCAAAAUUAGCCCUGGGGCAUUUACACCUUUGGUAAAAUUAGAACGACUUUAUCUGUCCAAGAAUCAACUGAAGGAAUUACCAGAAAAAAUGCCCAAAACUCUUCAGGAGCUGCGCGCCCAUGAGAACGAGAUCACCAAAGUACGAAAAGCUGUGUUCAAUGGAAUGAACCAGAUGAUUGUCAUAGAACUGGGCACCAACCCGCUGAAGAGCUCAGGAAUUGAAAAUGGAGCCUUUCAGGGAAUGAAGAAGCUCUCCUACAUCCGCGUUGCUGACUCUAACAUUACCAGCAUCCCUCAAGGUCUUCCUCCUUCCCUUACUGAACUACAUCUUGAUGGCAACAAAAUCAGCAGAGUUGAUGCAGGCAGCCUGAAAGGACUGAAUAAUUUGGCUAAGUUGGGGCUGAGCUUCAACAGCAUCUCUACUGUCGACAAUGGCUCUCUGGCCAACACACCUCAUUUGAGAGAGCUUCAUUUGGACAACAACAAGCUUACCAAAGUACCUGGUGGGCUGGCAGAGCACAAGUACAUCCAGGUUGUCUACCUUCAUAACAACAACAUCUCUGCAGUUGGAACAAAUGAUUUCUGCCCACCUGGAUACAACACCAAGAAGGCUUCUUAUUCGGGUGUGAGUCUUUUUAGCAACCCAGUCCAGUACUGGGAGAUCCAGCCAUCUACCUUCCGAUGUGUCUAUGUGCGCUCUGCCAUUCAGCUCGGAAACUACAAGUAAUUCUUAAGAAAGCCCUCAUUUUUAUAACCUGGCAAAAUCUCAUUAAUGUAAUUGCUAAAAAUAAGUAAAUAAAUAAAAGCUAGAUACUGGAAACCUAACUUCAAUGUGGAUGUGUUACCCACAUGACUUAUUAUGCAUAAAGCCAAAUAUGCAGUUUAAGUAAUUGCCUAUAAUAAAAAAAAUACUUUGCCUGCCAUUUUCAGAAUCAUUUUUUGAAGCUUUCUGUUGAUGUUAACUGAGCUACUAUGGAUAUUUUUAUUUCACUAAAUGUAAAAUUUGGAGUAAAUAUAUAUGUCAACAUUUAGUAAAGCUUUUUUUUGAUUUUCAGAAAAAAAUCAAAUAAAAAGAGUAUCGAUCUUUUGUAAUUCUUUGAGCAAUCAACUCCUUUGACAUAAAGUCAAAUGCCAAACACUUGCUCUGUAUUAAUCCCCAUUAUUACUGGUGAAGCCUCAUUUGAAUGUGUGAAUUCAAUACAGGCUAUGUAAAAGUUUUUGCUAAUGUCAAUCUUUUGAAAAAUAAAUUUAAAAAUAUAUUCAAAAUUA